AAAUACUUGUGAAAACGUUUAUUCUUAUUCUUCAUAUUUUAAGAAAAAGAUCAUAGUAUAAUGUAGGGUCAUUUCUUGUUGAAAAGCAAUAACUGGUUUAAUAAACAGUUGAAUUAACAUUUUAAGUGUUCUGAUCCAGACUCCUUGCCUCUUGGUGGCGGUAAUGCGCCACAAUAUAAUUUGAACUCCACCAUUAAGUGCCACAGGAAGAGGAAGAAGAAAAAUGAAACAAAAGGGGUUGCUAGCGCCGUCAGGUUUUCUUUUGUUAGAAGAUAUUAUGGUCUUUGAGCUGAAUAUGUGAAUGUUUCCAGUAAAAAUGUCUCCAGUUCAGCCCCAGAGAGAGAUGAUGAACGAGCUGUUAACUCCUGCUGAAGAAACAUUAACUGAGUUUAAAGGAAUCAUCGUCAAGACCGAGGAAGAGCUCGAUGGUCAGCACAGACUGCUGGAUUUCAGCCGGAUCCCCCUGAUCAUCUUACACCGAAUAGUUUCUUUCCAAAGUGCGGUGAAUGCAGUGCGACCCGUGAGGCAGAGUGUGAGUGCGCACGUUCGGCCCUUUAAUUCAGUCAGGCAUUCCUCUGUCUGCACUACUGAAGCAAAACAAACAUGGCGGACGGAACGUUUAAUUAUCCACUAGUGAACCAGAUCUCGCUCAAUAUUAUGUCUGUAAAGAGGAGGAGGUUCUUGCUGACCAGAAACUCUGUAACCCAAAAAGGAACUCAAGUUUGGAUCAGGGGGAACCAGAACUUCCACAAAUAAAAGAAGAACCAGAUGAACUAGAAAAUCUACAGAUAAAAGAAGAACAAAAUGAAUUCUGCAUCAGCCAGGAUGAAGAGCAGGCCACACUGAAGCAGGAGACUGAUAGCUUUAUGGUAACUCCUACUAAUGAGGAAAAUGAUUACACUGAACCAGAACCAAAUGGACACAAACUCAUUUUACAGGAGACUCUUGAAACUGAAAACCGGGAUCAGGAAAGAAACAUUCCUGACAACCCAGGGUCAAAGGUGGGCGAAGAGCCAGAACACAAUAAGAGAAGUCAGAAAACCAGACGGCAUGAUAAGAAUCGAUUUACUUGUGAAAUAUGUAAUGACAAAUUUUCUCAAAAUUGUCACUUGACUGUACAUAUGAGAACUCACACGGGUGAGAGGCCUUUCUCAUGUGAGCUUUGUAAAAAAAGUUUCAUUCAGGUAUGUAGUUUAAAACAACACAUGAGAACUCACACAGGAGAAAAGCCUUUCUCAUGUUUGACCUGUGGAAAAAAGUUCAGUCAAAAAGGUCAUCUAACCUAUCACAUGAGACUUCAUACUGGUGAGAAGCCUUACUCAUGUGAGAUUUGUGGGAAAGGUUUCACUCAAAGAUGUAGAGUUAAAUUGCACAUGAACAGUCACACAGGUGAGAAGCCUUUUUCAUGUGUGACCUGUGGAAAAAGUUUCAGUGUUAAAAGAACAUUGACUAUUCAUAUGAAAAUUCAUACAGGGGAGAAGCUUUUUCCGUGUCCGACUUGUGAAAGAAGUUACAGUCGAAAAAAUCUUUUAACCUUACAUAUGAGAAUUCACACAGGAGAGAAGCUUUUUCCAUGUUUGACCUGUGGAAAGAAAUUCACUAUAAAAAGAGUUUUGGACAACCACAUGUUAACUCACACAGGGGAAAAGCCUUUCGCUUGUAAGAUCUGUGGAAAAUGUUUCACUCGAAAACAUCAUUUAACUCCUCACUUUAGAACUCACACAGGCGAAAAGCCGUUUCCAUGUCAGAGUUGUAAAAAAACGUUCCGAUCAAAAAGCAGUCUGACUUCACACAUGAAAACUCACACAGGUCAGAAGCCUUUUCCAUGUGUGACCUGUGGAAAAAGCUUCAGUCAAAAGUGUAAUUUGGCUGAUCACAUCAGAAUUCACACUGGCGAGAGGCCUUUCUCAUGUAAGAUUUGUGGAAAAGGUUUUAUUCAAAGAAAGACUGUGAUCCUUCACAUGAAAACUCACACAGGUGAGAAGCCUUAUUUGUGUAUGACCUGUGGGAAAAGGUACACUCAAAAAGGCCAUUUAACCGAUCACAUGAGAACUCACACAGGUGAGAAGCCUUUCUUGUGUAAGACCUGUGGAAAAGGUUUUACUAUAAAAAUCCUUUUGAUUAACCACAUGAGAACUCACACAGGUGAGAGGCCUUUCUCGUGUAUUACAUGUGGGAGAGGUUUCCAUAUGAAAGCUCAUUUAAUUACUCACAUGAGAGCUCAUACCGGUGAGAAGCCUUUUCAAUGUAAAACAUGUAAAAAAACUUUCAGGCUUAAAAGCAGUUUGAAUUUUCACAUGAGAAUUCACACAGGGGAAGGGCUUUUUUCAUGUAAAACUUGUAAAAAAACCUUUCCCUUUAAAAGUAAUUUUAACAGGCACUUGAAAAUGCACAAUUCUCAGUCUUGUGGACAAACAUCAAUAUAAGGUUUGUAUUGAAGAUUUUAAUCAAAGGUGUGAUUAAUCACACUUGAAACCUCACAGAAUAUGUAAUCUUUUUAAAAAAAGUCAUUUUGGGGCAUUUGAGAACUCCCCACUUAGAAGCUGGAGUCUGUAGUUCACCACUAAAUUUAGGUGUUAAUGUGUAAAAAGUUUCCUGAAUGCCAAACAAGAUUAAAUGGUUGCUGUUAAAAUAAAUCAGUUUGAAGAAUUUUCAGGAAAUGCUUUAGCUUGAUAAGCUUUUAGAAUAAAAACAAAUCUAAUAGUCUUCUAGAAGCUUUCCUUUCCCUUCUGAAAAGGGAAUACUGAGGUCUUAAAUGUAUUGCUAACUCAUUUCUCAUGUAGUCUUUGAUUUUUUAAAUAUAUGCUCUGACUGCAAUGAAAGAUAUAUUUUAAAAAAGACUUUGAUGCAUCCUUACAUACUUUACAUUAUAACUGUUCAUCAUAAUGAAUACCAUGAUUAUCUGGAAAUAAUUGGGACUGUCAUAAAGCUAUUAUGUAUUUGCAUUUUGAAAAAAAUGUUGUCCAAAGCAGUUUUUUAAUGUUAUUGAACUGUUUUCUGCAGGACAUUUAUUAACUCUGCAGCCCUAUUCUGUUCUUUCAUGUUGCUGAAUUAAAAGUCUUAACAAACUAAUCUGUUUAGGUUGUAGGUCUUAAGAAUAAAGUCAGAAUUGAGAAGUCAGACCACAAUGAAAACUGAUAUUGACCACUAAAAAGCAUCAUUGGUGCAUUAUAUUUCUUCUAUGAUUGUUUACUUUCUUACUUAGAAAUCAGAAAAUAAACUUUCCAAAUCACACAGUCAGACGAUCUGGAACAGCGCUGGGUCCUGUGUGUGUUUUAAAGAAUUUUAACUUGGCAGUGAUAAAUUUGUAACUAUAUUUAUCUCAUGAAAGACACAGUUGACAUGUUCUGGUGGUGGUAAAGAUAUAAAAUGCAGUUAAAUACAUCACUGGAUUACAUCGAUAACAGUUGCUUGGUGACUUGGUCCAAGGCUUUUUUUAAACCAUUAAUGUAUUUUCAGACAUGCAACUGGAAUACAGUUAAAUUUAAUGUUAUGUUAUUGAGAGUUCAGAGCUAAAUUAAAUGUACCAGAACAUAGUUAGUCUUCAUGGUUUUGCAUCUUAUAGCUGGAACUUGAAGACGCUUAUGGUAACAUUAUUUCCACAUCCAAGUUCCAUAAUCUAAACUAAAUGUAUCCAUUUGUUCAAUGCUGUGAUGUAUUAAUGUCAUUAUAAAUUGUAAUAAAGUAUCCAUAUACAA